UUUAUGGAGUAAAGGAGAUUUUAUUACAUUUUCAUUGCUGUGGUUAUUCCGGAAUAGAUUAAGUUUAGUUGGAAAAGGGGUCCAUCAACUCUGCUACUAUGUCCAAGUUUAGUUUUAUAAUCUGCACAGAGAUAAGACUUGCAGCUUAUAGUCUGAAUUGAUUUUAGAACAUUUCAUCAUAAAACCAAACACAUAUAUAUGUUUAUUUCAUUUGGUCAAUGGAUGAGGGGGAAAGCUUUUUCAUGAGUAGCUUCCAUAUUGUCUAUGAGAAAAGAGAAAUUUAUUGAAACAUGUUAGAAAUCACUCAUCCAUAAUGGAAAACUAAGACAAGAGGAAAAAGCUCAAUGCUUACUUAGUCUUUUUUUUAAUGAAUCUAACUGAAAGCUCCACACUACUAUUUAGAGAAUGUUUUAACUUGACUCUUCUCAUUUUCUUAGUGAGCUUGUACACAUCCCUUGUCCUUUUUAAUCACAUCUUAUCCAUUUUUAUGUUUAAACUAGCUGAUUUUGAAUCUGAUUGAGUUAGCUUCUCUUACUUCCUAUUUUCUUUAUAGUGUCAUGCAAUAUUGAUGUUUUAUUAUAUGUUUUUUUUAGUUAACAAAUGGAUCUUAGAGUAGUUGACACUUCAGUUCUUUUACGAAAACGUAAAAGAAAUGAAGAAGAAGAGGCAAAAUUGCAGGAGCAAAUAACAUUCAUUGUUGCUAGUGUCAUUGCUAUGCUUUUAGGUGUAGUAGCUUGGUAUCAUGAGAUGCAUUUUGUUAAGGAACCGUCCCGAAAUUGGGAAUUGGAAAGAAGCAAUUUCCUUAAUCGUCUGUAUAGAGGAACCGAAAGUGAUUGCAUUGAACAGUUAAGAGUCAGUAAAAGGGCAUUUGUUAAACUUUGUGGAAUUUUACAAGAUAAAGGACAGUUGGUAAGGACAAGAAAUGUCCCAACGAUUGAAGCAGUGGCAAUGUUUUUGCACAUCCUUGCUCACAACCUAAAGUACAGAGUAGUGCACUUUACCUAUUAUAGAUCCAAAGAAACAAUAAGUAGGCAAUUCAACAAUGUCCUACGAGCUGUAAUGAAAGUGAGUGGGGAAUAUUUGAAGUUUCAAGACCAUAAUAAUCUAGAGGGAUCUGAGGCAUACAAAUGGAGAUGGUUUCAGAAUUCGAUUGGAGCACUUGAUGAGACACAUAUUCCAGUAACAGUGGCAGCAGAAGAUAAACCUAGAUACCGUAAUAUAAAGGGUGACAUCUCUACGAAUGUGUUAGGGGUUUGUGGUCCAGAUUUAAAGUUUAUUUACGUGUUAUCUGGUUGGGAAGGCUCGGCAGGAGAUUCACGAGUAUUGCGAGAUGCUUUACGUCGUCAAAAUCACCUUCAAAUUCCGAAUGGUAAAUACUUUCUGGUCGACGCAGGAUAUACAAAUGGCCCAGGAUUUUUAGCACCUUAUCGAGGGACUAGAUAUCAUCUCAAUGAGUGGAUUGGAAACACCCCUCAAAACUACAAGGAGUUGUUCAAUCUCCGUCAUGCAAGUGCAAGGAAUGUAAUUGAAAGAUCAUUUGGGAUAUUGAAAAAACGAUGGAGUAUAUUAAGAACUCCAUCUUUUUUUGAUAUAAAAACACAAAUAAGAAUGUUUUAUAAGAUAUGAACAACAAUAUGACCCAAUUUUAGAGGUCCAAGACUUGGAGCUUUUAUCGGUUGUUGAUGAAGAGUUAACCAAUCAACAUGGGGAAACAAUUACAAGUAAUGUUGCAAAUGAGGUCACAACUAUUCAAGUAUAUGAGGCAUGGACAACGUUUCGGGACACUUUAGCAAUGGAUAUGUUUGUUGAAUAUCAACAUAGAAGAAACUUAGUUUAGGGACAACAUGUUAUCAGUUGUCUUUGCUUUCUACCUUGUUCGUUGUUUCUGUUAUCUGUUUUUCCAUUUCUUAUGUUAUUUCUUGUUUAUUUCUGUAGUUGCUUUGUUUUG